AAAACAAAUAUGGCGGACGACGGCUGUAAUCGAUUGUAAUGCGCUGUUUAUUAUCGAGAUUUUUACCAAGAGGAGGCCAAAUAAGGGAUUCAUACAAUAGUUUCCUUUGGUUCUGAAAUUUUUGGACGUACGCCUGACAUAUCUGCGUGAUGUCGCUAGUUGCAUAUGGAAGCAGCGGUGAAGAAAGUGACUCGAGCGAUUCGGAGGAGGUUCAAAGCUCUCGUGUUUCUAAAGAACCGAUGAUUACAAAUAAUGAUGGCCAGGAAGAUGGGGAAAAGCUUACCUCCACUGGAGAAGGAAGAGAAGAGGAGAAUAAAACGGGUUUAGUUCUGCCGUCGCCCAAACAACGCAAUGAAACUUCAAAUUCUGUCAAAAGCAAGGGAAGCUUUAGCUUAUCAUCGUUUCUUCCUAAGCCCAAAAACAUCAGCAAUCGUGAGAAGGAGAGCACAGAUACUUCAGAUGAAAAACCUUCAAUCAGCUCAUCAGCGAUGAUGGAUGAUGAAGAGGAGAUUUUAGAGAUCGAAGAAGACUAUGAGCCUAUUGUAAAACGAACCAAAAAGAUUCAGUCAAGUCAAAUUGAGGAUAAGCCGAAGUCUGUUGGAAGUUUGUUUUCUCUUCUCCCUUCUCCCUGGCAAGCUGAAAACUCUUGGUUAAAAACUGCUAACCCUAAAGUAAAGGCAAAGAGUAAACAGGCUACUUCAGAAGAGAGAGGUUCCAAACAACAUGUAAAAAUUGCUAUUCCCAUUGCCCCAAAGGUAAGACAAACAGGGAUUGCAAGUAAGGGGGUAUUUACAUGACACCACUAUGAUUUCAUACCAGCUUGAUCUUAUCUUGGUUCUUUUGGCUCUGUAUUUGCUUACACAAUUCCAGCAGAAAUGCUGGUAUCACUGCAGCCAUGCUGGGACAAGUUCAUUUUAUUCCCCAUUGCCUUGCUAAUAUUAGUUUUUCAUCACAGUAUGAAUUUAGUUUUACUGGUAUCAUGCAAAUGCAGGGAAUGACUCAUUAUACAAUGAAUUUAAACCCCUGACGGACUGUUUUGGUGACCACAUGCGUAAAGAUAUUUUUGUCAUUAGAUGAUGUCUGGUUUAAUGCCAUAAGUGACCUGAUAUACAUGUACAUACUUGAUAAUCAAAAGAGAAUUUGGAAUUAGAUCAGAAGUCACUUGGGACCUUGAUUCCUUGCACCCCUUCAUUUAAGGUAUCAGCCACCCUUCAAGACCGUCCGCGCACGGAUCGCUGUAGCGUUAGUUGUUUUUAUAAAAACCCCUAUAAACCAUAUAUUUUUUAAAAGCUUAAUAAUUCCAGAUUAUGGAUUUGAACUAACAAAAACGAUUUACUACAAUGUGUUUCGAAAUUGGAACGUUCUGUGUAAAAGUACAUGUCUCUAUAAAUCAUGUUCCACUUCCCGGAAAUAAACGGAAGAAAACAAUUAACACCGCAUUCGCUUCUCAACACGUUCCACCAAAAAACCGUGUCUCAGAUUUUUGACAAGUGCGUUUGUCUUUCUUUUAUUAGCAAAUGAAGUUGGGGAAGGCAAUUAGUCAACACUCCCUGUGGAAAAAAAGCUCUAGCUUUAAAAUGAAAAGGAGUAUUAAAAUUCGCAGACACAGUUUUGUAGAAGAGAUAUAUGGCAUCACUCUGGUCAAAUUUUAGCCAAAUUGAUUGAAAGGCUGCCGACUUGGAGUUCAAAACGUACGAGUCGAUCGGCAAAAUUUGCGUUCCGAGAUAAAAUAGAAAAUACAUUUUUGGCGGCAUCCUACCUGGAAUGAGAUUAUAACACCUAAAUGUUUAUUCUGAUUGAUAUCAGAGAGGGAUCAAUUUUCUCUAACAAUAGGACUUUGACAGGUAACAUGUAACAGGAACAAACUUUUUAUUGCUAUCAACAUCUUCAAGUGAACAGUUUAAUUCUCCGUUGGAAAACUUCCACUCUUUUACACCACGAGAAGCAUGGCUUAAUUCUUUCUCGAGCAAAAGUUUUGCCUCUCCUUCGAUCUUUUCUGUAUGAUCCGCGCAGGCGUUUUUGUUGACGGCGCUAGGCCAAGGAAACUAAAAAACUUUGAAGCUGCCAAAUGUCCGCCACCGAUUGCUCGAAGGCCAAGAACUGAGGCCCGGUAUAUUUCAAACGCUCUGCUCUUCUCGGAAGAAUUAAAAACAGAAUUUGUCUUGUGCGACGGACAGCUUUCAUUCUCGCACUGGAUUCUCCAGGUAGAACCAAGUCCAUGCUUAGUCGCUACAUUUUCCAUGACUUGGACUCUUCCCUGGGAAAAUCGACAAGAUACAGUCUCGUCCAGUUUCUCAAGUAGCUUUUCGCUCGAUAUGAUAGCUCGACCGCUUAUUGUUUUCCACGUUCCAUCAGCAGAUGGGGUCGAUGAGCUUAAUAAUUAUUGGCUUUCUUCAUCUGGCUCUUCAAGCUGGAUUUUGGAGCGGCUUGCACUCUCAGCAACUGCAGCGUUUUCACUUUUCUGAAUAUCCAACUCCUCGAGCCACUUCUCUUGCUGAUAAAAUGAGCCUUUGUCGCUCUCUGCCAAUUUUGCGGCCCAUUCUUUGUCAAACUCGCUCUUCGAUUUCUUUUUCUCUCUCGGUUUCGAUGACGAAAACGGACAUGACCUUUUCUUUUUUUUUUGGCGGCGUUUUCACUGAAGCAAACACUAAAUAUCCACGGAGAAUACUAAAGGCUACAAACAACGUGAAGACAAUUCGCACGUGUUGUGUCGAAGCAUGCACUCGGUAUCACGUUACUAGUUCACAGGCAAGUUAAUUGGUAUACGACAUGGGUAUGACAGAUCUUGUCAACGAUCAAUUAAGAUAGUUAACGAAAAAAAUCUUUCACCCCCGAUAUCUUUCGACACAAAUAAUAUUUUCCUCUGAUUUUUUUUUAAAGAAAGCUCUCAAGCAUAUCUAUUUGAAAACGUUGAAAUCUCAAAUAUGGAAAAAUGGCAAUUUUAAGGGUGGCUGAUACCUUAAUCCAAUUAAGGCACAAAGUUGUUACAGAUUUGAUCUGGUGAUGAUGGGCACAAUUGAUAUAAUUUGCAGUAAAAAAGAAAAGUUGCAUAAGCAAGUGUUUCGAAGGCACCAGACAGACACUAUUGGAACUGAACAGUGUGAUUCUUCGCAUAAAACAAAAUGUAAAUGAUCAUAAAGCCAUGGGCACUAAAUAUCAUCUCUUUUAAAGAGAUGAAACAGUAGGUCCCAGUUGUUCAAAAGCUGGAUGAAUUUCUAUCCACUGGAUAAAGUAAUGAAUUGGUUUUCCCAAUACUUCUCCUCUGGAUGGUGAUUCAUACGGUGGAUACCACUAUCCACCUUUAUUCUCGUAAGGACUAGAAACCACUUCUCCACUGUAAACCACUAUCAGGCCUGGUUUUUCUUAGAAAGGACUAAUGUCUCUAAUGUCUGACCAGGUCUCACCAGGGGAGUUGCCUGUCGUACAAAAUGUCAACUUUUAAUUUCUUUAAGUUUUCAAAUCUUUAGCCACAAAAUAAUAGUCUCUUUAAAAUGUGAUCUGUAGAGUAUGAUGUCUGCAGCUUGUAGGAUUUUGUCAGACAGAGGGAAAUUUUAAGUUGGACAUUGUCCAAUGGCUGACUGUUAUUUGCAGCUCUGCGCUGUGGUUUGGUUGCUUGCAUGUUUUACUGUGCAAGGGCUGUAGGGAAGAUGAAGAAAAAAGUUCAUCUGUGGAGGGUCGUGCAGAAGACUCACUUUUGGAAAUUUUGAGCCACAACAAUUUGCCAUCUGUCCUCUUUGAUUUGAUAGAUUUGUACUCUAACUAUGACCCUUAUGAGUACAGUGAUAGUAGAAAUGAAAACAUUGUGCAAAAAUAAAGUUUUGACUGAUUUAGUUAAAACCCCUUUAGAAUAUAUUUUUUUAUUUGCAAUAAUAACAUCAAAAUACAAGAAUACAGAACAAUACACUACUAAUAAAAAGAAAAGUGAGAGAAAGAAAAAAAUACGAUAUAAAUGGAAAUUAUUUACAUCACAAUAUCUACAUGUAUACUAAUUUUUUACAAUAAAAUUGAGGACAAUAAACAAUGUUUUUGUUGGAUAAGGUUUUUGUGAUAAUUUAUCCUGAAUAAUCAAGCUCGAGGUAAGUGUUAUAAGCCGAGCUAAAGGCCGAGGCUGAUAACACUUACCGAGACCUUCAUUAUUCCAGAUAUCACAAAAGCCUUAUCCAACAAUAAUAUUGUUUAUUGACCUUUAUUAUGCAUUGUUGGAAAUCAUGUAUUGUACGUGCAACCAAUAGAUUAGUUAGUUGUCUGCUAGUGCUGAUUUCCAAACUUAACUGUAGCCAAUGAGAAGAUAGAUAUACCUAACUGCAUGGAAAAAGGUUAUAAGAGAUAACAAUUACUUGAAGAGAUAGUUAAACUUUCUAUUUUCCAUUGUGUUUUUCAAUUAUUUAUAAGUUGUGUACAGUUAAGGAGCAUUUCAUUAAUUUUACAACAAUAAUUAUACAUACUUUUUAAUAAACAGGAUGAGUAGAUCUGGUCAGCGUCUGAGGUUAUCAUUUAUGGGACCAGGGAUAUAGUUCCGCACGGCAAAAUGGAAAAUAUUUCAACUUACAAUGCAAGAAUAAGAACUUAAUGAUGGCUAUUUUUACUUUGAUUAUCAGACUGAUUCAGAUGAUGAAGAUGAUAGUCCUGCGGCAAAGAAAAUCAUACCAUCAAAGGUAACACACUUUAAAUGAAUGACUAGUGUUCGUGGAUUCCAGGGGGAGAUUUAAAGUUCCAAGUGGAGAGAUAAUUUUUUGUUACUGUUCGUUAACUUCAAUACCCUUUAAGUCCCAAUAGUGACCCAGGGUUUUCAAUAAGAGCUGGUGGCUGGCAAAAUUCGCCUGGCUAUUUCACGUGAACUCACCGCCUACUUUUCUAUGGAAAUUACCCCAGUUUAAAUACAGUAUUCUUGACAGUGCUGUUCCAGGAUAAAAAAGCUAAAAUUUAAUGAUGUCUGUGUUCUGUUCAAACACUUUAAUUUUUGCUCCAGAAUGCUAGAAAUGCAUUCUAAGAGGCCCAGAUUUUAAAAUUUUUCCAGAAACUUGUGCCUUCAGCACUCACAAGUGCCUUUGCGGCAGACCAACAACAAUAACAAGCUUUAUUUGCAUGACCAUACAAACACAUACAGUAUGGCAAAAGCUCUGUUUAGAAAUCAAAAUUACAACACAGGGCAAUUGUCACGAACAUAAAAACAAGCUGAAAUAUAUUUUAUGAAUUGUAUAUUGUAAAGUAAUUAGAAGAGUUCAUCAGUUCAUUGAUCGAAACGUUUAUAGGUAACUGGGUAAUAUUUAGAAUCAGAGCCUUGACUUUGUAGUAAAAUUUGUUCCUAGUCAUAGAGUAUGUAGGACAUUGAAAAAGAAAGUGAACUUCGUCUUCGUCCACAAAAAGGGCAAUGCCUAUUAUCCUUCGUAGUUUGAUUGUAUCUGCCUAUUUCCAUCAUGAGUUUGUGAUUGCUUAUUCGUAGUUUUACUAAAGCCCUUCUCCCAGCUGUUCCUCUUGUUAAGUCUAAGUAACUAGAGAAGGUAUGAUCGGUUUUAAAAGAUCUAUAAAAUUCAAGUUUUUGAGAAUGUUGAAGGGUGUUUUGCCAAUACCAGAUAUAUUCCUGUUUCAUUUCAAAAUUACAUAGCUUUUUAGCAUGGCUGUAUCUAAUAAAUCAGGGUUAAAGUCAGGAAGCUUAAAGUAUUCUGACAUAUUCAUUAAAUGAGAGUGGAAGCUAUUUUUGCCAUUACAGUGUAAGUCGAAUGACAUUAAAAAAGCUUGUUUGACAAGAGAUUCCUCAUCUUUAGACUUUAUAUACAAAAUGUAUUUGAGAAUUUUUUGAUUGAUUGUGAUAUUUAAAAGAAAACGACCAAGCUCUGCUCUACAAGCUUUAUUAGAAGCUUUGUUGUUUACCUCCAAGUAUUGUUUGCAAAAUUGAAGGUGUGCCUUCUCGAUUUUGUGAGCCGUCCCAGGUCAUAAAAUCUGGUUUGGUAUACACACCCCAAAUUUCACUGUUAUAUGUUAGAAUAGGGGAGAUCAUAGUAUCAAAUAUUUUACAGGCGGGAGCUGCUUUUAGUUUGCUAAGAUUCAUGUGUCGUCUCAAGCUGAAGAGGGCAUAAAGAGCUUUCUCCUUAAGAUGUUCACGUGACACUGAAAAAUUUCCCGAUGAGCACAUUUGAGUUCCUAAGUAAGUGUGCUCUAGUACAGCAUCAAUUAUUUGACUAUCUAUGAGAAAGUGAAAAUCAAUAUAUUUUCUCGCAUGUUGGGGAAUUACUACAUGUAUACAAUUUAUGUUUGUUUAUUUUUAGGAAGGAUCUGGUCUUAAGUCACUUCUUCCUAAACCAAAGCACAGCAUCACAAUGAAAGCUGAUAACCCAAACAAGCCCUCAGUGAAAUUAACCAGUAGACCUUUGAUACCUCAUACACUCACUAAGAAAGCAAAAGCUGCAGAGAAAAUGCCACAGAAAACAGCUAAGGUGUUAAACCAGGCAGAAGGUGCCAUAAGUGAUGACGAAGAUGAACCAGUUAGUUUCUUUACAUUCAGUGAUAAAACUGAGAGCUUAACAGAUGAAAAGGCUGAAACCAUCCAAAGUCAAGAUGCUAAGAGCAACUCUGGUUUAAAGGUUAAUGAGCCAGUUCAAGAAAUUUCAAAUCACGCUGUGACCUCAUUUUUGCGUGGCAAGGUGCCCUCUACUUCACCUACAUUUCAAGGCGCUGCAGGUUUGACUGAGUCAAAGCAGCAAGUGGUGGAAGUGCCUAGUGCACAAGUAGAUUUUGGAAGUGAAGAAAGCUUCAGUUCGGGGGAAUUAGAGACAAAGACUUACUAUUAUGAACAGCAACCUGCACAGAAUCAGCAGUAUCCAGGCUAUUCUGCUAAUGAUUAUGUAAGUAUUAAGUGACAUACAUUUAAUGCGCCAUCUCUAAUAAUAAAUAUCGGGGUUCCUUUUAUUCCACUCCUCCCCAACCCCCAUAUGCAAAAAAUUGAAGAAAUUGUAGAAUUUGCUAAAAUUAAUAAAUUCAUGUGUUAGAGGAGGUAGAAGGGUGCCAGACAAAAGCUGCGAUUUUAUUAACGUGACAAAGAAUUGCGAAAAAUCGCAAGUAACGCGAAAACUCGUACAUGUUUGUCAACAUAAAUUCAAGCACGGCACACGGCACUAACUAUCUGGGGAUUCUCGGAUUUGCAAGGUUACCUUGUUCGGCCAAGUGCUCACGUUUAUGUUGGACACGGAACAUCCCUUGUUGUAGAUCACCUGCCGUUGUUCAGGGAAAGAGACCACAUUCCUCCUCAGGAAGGAGGAGGAUCUGACUCGAGAAAUCGGCAGAAAUCAAGCCUACCCUUGCAAUAUCUUUUCACUUGUGAACCAGCCUGGGAACAAUGAUGUCAUAUUUAUAAUUGUCAACCCCUUUUUUUUCAGCAAUAUUACAGCUACAACACUGGUAAUUAUGGCCAAGAAUCAGAAGCCUAUACAUACACUUACCCCACAGGCACCCCAGCACAGGAGCAAACCCAGUUGCAAGAAACAAAUAAUAUUGAUCUAGAAAAGGUAAUGUUAUAUAUUGAAUGUUGUGUUAUGUUGUUGUUUAAAUUUUGUUGACAUUUUUCCUUGUUGCUAGCCUGCAUGCAGUUGUCUUCCUAUUCAUUCUUUAGAAGUAGGAGUAGUCUGUAAUCCAGGGGCUAUUAGGGAGUUUAAGCAACAGCGUUUUUGAGCAACGAACGUCAACCAGAAGUGGACUUUUUGCACUCCUCGGCCGUGAUUUUAAAUAAAUUCUUGGGCAAAUUGUCUCUGUAUGAGUAAAGACACUUAACAACACAAAUUUGGUAGCGUCAAGGCAUAUUAAAAGAGAAAAAGGAUCACUUCCGGUCGACCUGCAUCGCUCCAAAACGUCGCUACUUAAACUCCCUAUUAUUUUGUUUCAAACUUUGUUUUCACUAACUCAGUCAUAAUUUUUAUAGCAAUAGGACAAUUGCACGAUGACGAUAUUUGACUACAACUACCAGAAUUCAUUUCGGUUUUGCUUUGUUAUUUAAAUUUGUCAAUCCCGCUGAGGAUUAAAGAACAAUAGCCUUAAUUUGCACAAGAAAACAACAAACUCAAGGAUUCUGGUAGUUGUAGUCAAAUGACGUCAUCGUGCAAUUGUCCUAUUGUAUGAUUUUCUUAGUUACACAAACUCAAAGGGAAGAGAAACCGCCACGAGGAAAUUAACAUUGUUGAUGUUAAUGCUGACGACCAGAUUGGCAACUCUGCAGAAAUGGUGGCGAAAUAUGGCACAGAGGAAGUAGCCCAUCGACCUUCACGGGUAAACAGUUGUUUAUAUAUAUCCAGAUUUAGCUCGGCAUUAAUUUAUUUGUACACAUACCGUAAAGUUCCGAAAAUAAGCCCCGGGGCUUAUAUUUUUCAAAGGCCCUUUUUGAGGGGCUUAUUUUUGGAGGGGCUUAUAUUCGGAGGGGCUUAUCUAUGGAGGGAAAGUUACGUUUCAAAAUCGAUUAGGCUAGCCUUAUAGUUGGAAUGAAAUUUACCAUUUUUGCCUUGUUUUACUUUGUAGUUGAGGGCAAUUUCCAAGUACAAGCCGCCCGGGGGGCUUAUAUUUGGAGGGGCGAUUUAACGGAGGGUUUUUUGCGUUACGAGUUUGGGGGGCUUAUAUUUACAUACAUACAUACUUUAUUGUUACCUCCCCAAAGGGGCUUUUCAGAAUUUGGAGGGGCUUAUACAUGGAGGGGCUUAUUUCCGGAAUUUUAUAGUAGCUUGACUGUUUCAUGUAACGAUUCAAUAGGUCUGGAGUCCUAAUAUCUUGACGGACAUCUCUAUUUAUAAGAAAGGUCUCCCACUGUUUGCACAAGGGUAUAAAUUCAAAGUAUAAUUAUGACAUUGCUCCACUUCGCUUCAUGUUAAAGUAGCUAUGUCACGCUAUUUGUUAUCUUUUUGAACAGCUAAAAUGUGUCUCCACAUCAGUUGAAUUCUAAAAAUAAUAGUCCAGUUUUGUUCUUUAAGACUAUUUGUAGGCAUUGAAACUGUUUCCUGUCGUCCGUUGCUACGGAUGUCAAGGAUGGACGUGGAUUGAAACUUGAAAAAGUUGGGCCAUCUUUUUCAAGUUUUAAUGCCAUGCCUGUAAAAAUCACCAAAAACGAUUAUGGGUAUUAUGGUCUGGGUAGCGCCCAUCGAUGAGAUUUGUUUGAUAUUUUCUUCACAACUUUACAGGAGAAUUUCGUGUAUGGGCACAGGUGGCCCAAGCUCAGUAUGAGAGUUUAAUCAUUAAUACAUGUGGUUUUGUAUUGGGUAAUCCUUAAAAUGGCCGUCCCUGAACAUAAAGGAUUUGUCUGGGAAUUCAGGUAAAAGAUUCAAGAAUAUAAUACUCGCUAGAAUUUUCAAUAAAAUACACCUUACCUUCUUUAAUUUACUUGUUUUAGCUUGCCGUACGGUUAUUUUCCCGAUCCAUUGCGAUUUAAGCGAUUUCCUUUAACCCCAAAUAACCACACACCAAGCAAAAACAAGUAAAGUAAAUAAGGUGUAUUUUAUUGAAAAUUUUAGCGAGUAUUUAUAUUCUUGAAUCUUUUACCUGAAUUCACACACAAAUCAUUUAUGUUCAGGCCCAUUUUAAGGAGUCCUCAAUAUGAAACCACCUGUAUUAAUGAUUAAACUCUAAAACUGAGCUUGGGCAGCCUGUGGUAUGGGUAAGGGCACUAAGUAAUGACUCCAAUACAGAAUUGACCUAGACAGCAAUAUUGACAGCAAUAUCCUGUUGACAUAUCGCCGUACCGGUAAAUCUGUCUUCCGGAGGUGAAUGAUUUAUGUCCCUAUUUUAUUGCAGAAAAAGAAGGACAUGCCUACAGCUCAACAGAGGAGAAAGCAUCAAAUAACUUAUCUAGCCUAUCAGGUAAGUCGCGUUUGCCACGUGGAGGGUAAAUUUCAGGACAAACAUUCAUUAAUUUUUACUUCCAUUAAAUCCUGUCUUCUUUAUGGCUACAACCAUCGUUGAAAAAAAUCUAACGAUCUGGACGAUAGCGAUUGUAAAUCUCAAAUCUAUGAUCGCCGCUUUUGCUAUGAUUGUUGUGGAGUUGCUGUACGUCAUAUAAUCUCCACGUUCGCCGAAUUUUCUUUUCAACGAUCAUAUUGAAACCAGGCUUUACAAGGAUCAAGAGAGGCCCUUGCCCUACACUUUUUUGGCAAUUCAGACGAAAAAAUUAAAAAUUAAAUACACACAAGGAUGCAAGUUGCUGGAACACAAUGUCGUAGCAUCCCCUGUUAUUCUCAAGCAGGUCCUUGUUAGUCAGCUAAUGGGGAACCCCAUUACUAUGACCAAAUGACCGAAUGUUUUUUAAGUUAAGGCUACGGAAAUGAAGUCAUAAUAACAAGGUGGGUGGUAGCCUGCGAAUUCAGCCGCCUCUCCUCGCUCCUCGCCGCCGACGUCACUACCGGGGGUAGGUUUGGGGGAGGAGAGACGACUGUGCUGUAUUCGAAGGCCAAGUGGGCGGUCGAAAGUCGGGGUUCCACUGAAUUUGUUAUAUAGCUUAAGUUGGAAUUUUCUGCCCCAGUUGUUGCGCCCUGACAUUGUCGUAUGAGGCACUGAAAAAACCAUGAAACUGUUUCCUUUCAAAGUCCCAGAGCAGGGGAUAACAGUGCAGUGUUUGCGAGAGACUAACUUUAUUUCCUUUUUAAUCCCAGGCUAAAGAAAGGGAGUUCGAGCUGCGACAACAGUGGUCUGCCAAUCGGCAAACACGGAGACAGACUCAGUCAAAGUAUGGGUUUUGAUGCUCUUAGUGACGCUUAUUUCGGUUCCGAUCUAAUAACCAUGUGCUGUAAAUGGCUUUUGUAUGCCGUCAUUUCUUGGUGACGCGAGGAGUGGCGUUGUGAGAAGAAGCAAAAGAUGCACUGCUGUAGACUAGCCUACAUAGGCACAAUAUUAAACCAGCGUUCAACAAAGGAAAGAAUUACACUGAUGUUUGUGAGAUACUUAGCUGUAAGCCUGGUGUAAGCAACCAUAUAGGAAAUACAGGAAAUGUCGAAAGUAUUUUCUACUCGAAUUCGAGUUUAUGUUGUUUUCUUGUCCAAAAGUCCCCCUUUUCGAAUACGCCCACUGGGCACUGAACACUACCGGAGGCGAAUUUCCCAAAGACAAAUUGAACGAGAAUCUUGUUCCAGGAAAACUUUCCCUGGAACUAGAAAGGUCAAUACAAGAAGUCAACCUCGUUCCAAGGGUAGAGAAGAGACGCUGGGAACAAAUGGAAAUGAGGUAUCAUUGCGCUUAAGGUGGCUGUACAAAGUUUUGGCAGUUUGUGAAUAUAUGUAAUUUGCCAAAUCAUGGCAAGAGAAAGGUUGCAGCUCACAAGCUGAAACUUGGCAGGUGAAAAUAUACUGAUGAAAUAUUUUGAUUGACAGGUAAAAUUUGACGUUUUCGUAGUUUCCAUGGCAACAUGAACGAUUAGAUACAACCAUAAAAUUUCACUUUUGCUCAGUUUACAUAAAAUUCGCUCGUUAGAUUUUCCUAUAAACUUGCACACAGUUUACUAUAAUUAAUCAUUACCAUUUGAAACUUAUUUGACCAAAUUUUAACAGACGGG